GCACAUCACUCUCGGUCACACUGAUUGCAAUUUCAACAAAACGAAAAUUGGCAAAUAUUAAAAAAAUUUGCAUUUGAACAUUUUAUUUGCCCGUGGGCUAACUUUCGACCAUGCCCAUCUACGAGAGCGUGAUGCAGGAGAAGCCUCCCAUCGUCCUGGACAUCGGCACCGCCUACACAAAGCUUGGCUUCACGGCGGAGGCGAGUCCGCGGAAGAUCAUGCCCACCGAGGUGGUGCUGACCACAACAGGAAUCCGGAAGCGGCUAUUCGAUUACGACACGACAGAGGAGCUACACGACCAGCUCGUGGACUUUCUGCAGACCAUUUUCUUCAAGCACCUGCUGGUCAGCCCCAAGGAGCGCAAGUUCGUGGUAGUGGAGAACGUAUUCGGACCCACCGUGCUCCGGGAAACCCUGGCGCGCGUGCUCUUCCUCCAUUUCGAUGUCUCAUCGGUGCUGUUCGUGCCCGUACACCUAAUUGCGCUCUCCACGCUGGCCGUGCCCACCGCCGUGGUCGUGGACAUCGGCUACAGCGAAACCAGCGUGAUGCCCGUCUACAGCGGUGUACAGAUCAUGUCCGCCUUCAAGGAUCAGAGCUAUGGGGGCAGUGCCAUUCACGCGGAGAUCCGGCGCCAGCUUCUUGAGGCUGGCAUCAAGGAUGACCUGCUGACGGAGAGCGUACUGGAGGACAUUAAGGUGCGCACCUGCUUCGUGACCACUUUCGAGCGGUCGCAAGCUCGCAUCAAGGAUCAGGCGCCUCCGACACCUCCACCGGGCGUAGACUACAUUGUCAGCGACCACGAUGCGGUCAUCCAUGUGCCCGGCACUCUGCGCGAAACGGUCUACGAGAUUAUGUUUGAGCCCAGCAACGAACGCGAUAGCCUGCCGCAUCUCAUCCUGCGCUCCAUUCUCGACUGCACCCUGGACAUGCGCCGGGCGCUGGUCGAGAGCGUGCUCCUGGUGGGCGGCGGCUCCAUGGUCCAGGGCCUGCAGUCUCGCCUCCGCGACGAAAUGCAGCAUCUGCUCGCCGAGGAUUCAUUCUAUGCGAACCGCUUCCACGGCCAGCUGCAGUUCAAGUUCUUCAAUCCCAUUGGCAAGCAAAACUUCACCGCCUGGCUGGGCGGUGCUCUGUGCGGGGCCACUGAUCUCAUUCAGACCCGCUCCCUGGCCAAGGAGACGUAUUUGAAGAGCGAGCAUGUGCCCGACUGGAGCAACCUGUGCGACAAUCGGCCGACGGGUUCAUAGAGACGACGAGAGAAGGCUCUGAAUAUUUAUUUAAAAUGUGAUUUCCCAUAAGUCUAAAGUAAAAAUAGAUGCAUCAGUAUCUCA